AAUACCGAUAAUUCUAGUUGUCGCUACAACAGCUUAGUGCAAGAAAUAAUACAUAAUUUAAUUAAACAAUAAAAAAAAUUGCAUUGCGUUGUAACCAAUUUGACUGUGAUAGCAUCAAGUAUUUUUGAAGCGAAUCACAUAGCUCAAAAAGAGGCACAGGUGAAUCGCAGCUCACACAAAUACACACAUUGUUGAAAGCAACAACAACAAUUGUACAAAGUUGAAAUAAUUAAUUGGCGUACAUAACAAUGCCACCAAAAGAACGCAAUAUAGCUAUGAUGGGUUACCGUUCAGUCGGUAAAUCAUCGCUCAGUAUACAGUUUGUUGAAGGCCAAUUCGUGGACUCUUAUGAUCCAACUAUUGAAAAUACAUUCACCAAGGUUACGCGAGUCAACUCGCAGGAUUAUGGCGUUAAACUGGUCGAUACAGCUGGACAGGACGAGUAUAGCAUAUUUCCGGUACAAUAUAGCAUGGAUUUCCAUGGCUAUGUGUUGGUAUAUUCCAUAACUAGUCAAAAGUCCUUUGAAGUUAUCAAAAUUAUCUACGAAAAGCUGUUGGAUGUGAUGGGCAAGAAAUACGUACCUGUUGUCUUAGUUGGAAAUAAGAAAGAUUUGCAUCAAGAGCGCACAGUUUCCACAGAAGAGGGCAAGAAACUGGCUGAAUCCUGGCGAGCAGCAUUUCUCGAAACAUCUGCUAAACAAAAUGAAUCUGUGGGCGACAUUUUUCAUCAAUUACUGAUGCUAAUUGAGAACGAGAAUGGCAAUCCACCAGAGAAGAGCAGUUGUAUUGUAUCAUAAGUGUAAAGCGAAAAUGGCAAUGGCAAUAUGAAAUCGGUUCAUUAUCUAUUCUUAUGUAAAGAAUUUUUGUCUGAGAAGCAUGAAAACAUAUACAAACUAGUAGUUACUAAGCUAAUACGGCAAAUAAAAACAAAAACACAAUCACACAAAAACUAACAACAAAUAUUGAGGUGCCACAAAUUAAUGCCCAGCAGCGAUUGUGGUAGCCGUUUAGAAAACAAAGCAGGUUUAAGUUAGUAAACUUUUUCACAAUAACAAUAACAGUUACAAAAUUUAUAUGCAAAACUUACAAUGUCUUUAGUUUCAAUUUAAAUAUAAUUUGUACUAUUAAUCCAA